AGUUGGCGCAAACCAAUCAAAACGAGGAACAGCACACGUCGUUCAAAUCCGCAUAAUAACAUCUCAGAUUACCUCGGCGUGCGUUUCUUCCUCUCUUUCUUUCUACUUUUCGCAGCAACAGAAAAAACCAUCUUUCACACAACCACGAACCCUAGCAAUUCCCACACAUUCCCAAUUUCAGCUGUAGUUUACCGUGGAGGGAGCUAGUGAAUGCUACAGAUUACAAUCCAGUGUUUCAUUUUUAUAGAUGGUUAAUUUGGCCAAGAAUUAGCAAUAUGCAACAAAUAUGAUUUGAUAUGAUAAGAACUGAAGGGGGGCACAUGAAUUCACUGCUUAUUAUGACUUAAGAGAAUGAGAUACGUGUGUUAUUACAGGUUAUCGUUGCACAUAACUAGGAUUAUCUGUUGGUGUGAAAUACAGAAGCUGGCCAGCAAAGUGGCUUCCUGAUGUAAUGCCACACUCUCUUAAGGUCAGAGCGGUGGCUAUGUUUGAAGCUGUACAGGAGAUUGCCAUAUACAUUCAUAGGUUUCACAAUCUUGACCUUUUUCAGCAGGGAUGGUAUCAGAUUAAAAUUACUAUGAGAUGGGAAGAUGAUGAAGAUGUAUCUUUUGGAAUCCCAGCUAGAGUUGUUCAAUACGAAGCUCGAGAUCUGGGUCCUAGCAGUAUAUAUGGUAUUUGGAGGAUUGAUGAUACAGACAACAGUUUCUCAACACAGCCCUUUCGGAUAAAAUAUGCUAGGCAGGACAUUCAUUUAUGUAUGAUGAUCUCAUUCAACUUAUCCCUUGGUAGAUUUGAGGUUUUACCUACAACAGCUGUAAUUUUAAAAUUUGAGCUUAUGUAUGCUCCCACAUUUGAAAAUGGUGCUGACUUGCAAGCUUCGCUGGAUGCUUACCCUGCUGCUGUCCACGAAUUCCGAAUUCCUCCAAAAGCUCUUCUAGGAUUGCAUUCUUAUUGUCCUGUACAUUUUGAUGCUUUACAUGCAGUGCUGGUUGAUGUCAGUAUACAUGUAAGUUUACUGAAAGCUGCAUCGACGGCACCCAGGAAUUCUCGUAAUGCUGAAUUUGUUGCUAAUAAAAGUUACGACACAUUGGAUCAAGGUUUGAGUGAUGCUGCCUCUGUAAAGUUGAAAGCCUUCAUGAUUGUUAAAGCAUUAUUAACAGCUCAUGGUAUAUUACUUGAAGAACUACAAAAACUUAGCAAAGCAGUUGAUCAGGCUAUUGAUAUUCCAGAGUUUGUGUCAAAAAGGAACGAUAUGAAAUUAAUAAAUUCUGUUCCGCAAGCUAAUCAGUUUACUACAGAAGUUGAAAUUUCAGGUCAACGCAUGCCACAAAAUGGUCUCGAGGGAGCAGACAGAGCUUUAGAUUUUGAGACUGCUGAAAAGCUUCGUUCCUUGUCAAAGAGAGAGCUGUUGAACUGUUAUCAUUCAGUGGGAAAUCGAUUGUUGUAUUUAUGGAACAUAUUUCUGAAGUUCCACAGGGAUAACAAAACAAAGAUUCUAGAAUUUUUGCAUGAUGCUUGGGCUAAGGAUCGAAAAGCUGAAUGGUCAAUAUGGAUGGUGUACUCUAAGGUCGAGAUGCCUCAUCAUUAUAUAAAUAGUGGUGUACACAGAAGAGUUUCCAGUUUGUGGAAACUACCUGAUGAGCCUCCUCAGACUGCUGCUACACGUGCAGAACUUCAUCGAAGAAGCAUUGCACAAAUGAGGAUUAACAACCGGUCAAUUCAAGACAUGCAUAUAUUCGGUGAUCCUUCAAGCAUACCAAUUGUCAUUGUUGAACGUGUGAUGAAUGCACCACGUCGGACUAUCAGUGACAAUUCAUACUUGAGACAGGUAGAACUUGUAAAUUCACAUAGCUUUCAAACUGGACUCAACUUGGACACUGCAAACAAGAUAUCUGCUCCACAAACUAGUACCCGUGUGUUGAAGAUUGUUGUCUUUGUGCAUGGGUUUCAGGGGCAUCAUCUGGAUCUACGGCUUAUUCGAAAUCAAUGGCUUUUGAUAGAUCCCAAGGUAGAAUUUCUAAUGUCGGAGACUAAUGAAGAUAAAACUUCAGGAGACUUCAGAGAAAUGGGUCAUCGGCUGGCUCAGGAAGUAAUUUCUUUUGUUAGAAAGAAAAUGGACAAGGCCUCAAGAUAUGGGAAUUUAGGAGAUAUUAGGCUAAGUUUCGUUGGACAUUCUAUUGGUAACCUUAUUAUAAGAACAGCACUAGCAGAGAGCAUGAUGGAGCCAUUUCUAAGAUAUCUAUAUACAUAUGUUUCGGUAUCUGGUCCACACUUGGGGUAUCUUUACAGUUCAAACUCUUUGUUUAAUUCUGGAUUGUGGCUUUUGAAGAAACUAAAAGGCACACAGUGUAUUCAUCAACUCACCUUCACAGAUGAUCAGGAUAUUCAAAAUACAUUCAUCUAUAAACUGUGUAAGCAGAAGACUCUGGAUCAUUUUAGGCAUAUUAUCUUGCUAUCUUCCCCUCAGGAUGGUUAUGUGCCUUACCAUUCUGCUAGAAUAGAAUUAUGCCAGGCUGCUUCACGUGACAAAUCAAAGAAGGGUAGAGUGUUCCUUGAGAUGCUGAAUGAUUGUUUGGACCAAAUCCGUGCCAAUCCCUCUGAACAUCGAGUUUUCAUGCGUUGUGAUGUCAAUUUUGAUGCCACUUCCUACGGCAAGAAUUUAAACUCUUUCAUUGGGCGUGCUGCACAUAUUGAGUUUCUGGAGUCUGACAUUUUUGCAAGGUUCAUAAUGUGGUCAUUUCCGGAACUAUUUCGGUAGGUGAUAGUUAUGUGAAUACUCAAAUUUUGAGCAUCCCCUACUGACAAGCUUCCUACCACCUUCAAGAGACCAGUUGUGGCCAGAUUUCACUCACAAGAUAAUCAAAGAAUGGCAACCAUCUUGGUAUGUGUAAAUUGGCAGGAGGAUAUGCAUCGAAGCUGCAUAUUUAGUCGGCUUCAAAUGUUUAUUUGCAAUACUUGUAUACAUAUAUAGCUUUAGAAACAGUUCUUAGUAUAGUGAUGUAAUUAUUUUAGGUUAGGUAGAUAAGCUGUUAAUGCCAUGGGGAAGGGAUUCAGCGCGCAUGGGAACGCAAUAACAAAAAUAAUUAGGCAUAGAUUAUCUACUAAGAAAUAGGCAUAUUUUAAACUUAAAAAACUGAAUUCUCACUUAUGUUAAUUUGCUUUACUUUCUCUUUGAAGGAAUAAAACAUUUCGUUGCUCAAUCUACGCUUCUUUUGAAAA